AUGAGUAAUGUUUAGGAGCUGAGUCUGAUUGAUACUUGAAAGUGAUACUGAAACUGUUGCACAAAAAGCUAGGGACUGGCCUCAAACGGUGUUGGCCAUUAUAAAUACACCCUCCCUCUCUUUCAUUCUGUCAAGCUCAGUUCCUAACUUUCUUUUCUUCUGCUUUAUUUAUGCUUUUAAGCUUUUACUCCCAAACCAAACAAGAAAUUUUGCAGCUACCCUUUUUGUCCCGUAAUCAAAUGGCUGGGAAUUCUCCAUGUGCUUCAUGCAAGCUUCUCAGACGAAGGUGUACCAAGGACUGCAUCUUUGCUCCUUAUUUCCCUUCCAAUGACCCUCAAAAGUUCGCCUUAGUGCAUAAGGUUUUUGGCGCUAGCAAUGUUAGCAAAAUGCUGCAGGAACUUCCUAUUGAGCAGAGAGCAGAUGCUGUGAGUAGUUUGGUGUACGAAGCACAUGCAAGAGUUCGGGACCCUGUGUAUGGCUGUGUUGGGGCCAUAUCCUAUUUACAAAACCAGGUUUCUGAGCUUCAAAUGCAGCUUGCAGUGGCUCAAGCAGAGAUACUCUGCAUCCAGAUGCAACAGGAGCCAGUGAUGCCAAAUCCAGAAAUGGAAAACCCAGAUCACAAAUCUUACCUUCUCCAGAAUGAACUCCCUCAGUUUCUCAACUAUGCCUCUUCUAGCAAUGUAAUUUAUGAUGCUGUCUCAAGAGACAACAUUUAUGGACAUGAUAUGGUUUCCUGAAUUCAAAAGCUUUUUGGUGUUCUUUCUUCCUUUUUUAAUCCCCU